GUCAGAACUAGCGCACUGACCAUGAGGGGAUAACGUCAAAGCCACCUAAGGUAUCCGUAAAUUAUGGCCUGUGAAGUCGCUGCUGGCUCUCUCGGUUAGUGCCAUUUCCCAGUGUCAUGUGCUUUACCUUACGCUGAAGACAAGCUGACCUCCGCCUCAUUGACAAACAACUGCAUCUUGCAUCGCCGCCCAUUAGACAACCUCCAUCACCACGUAUCCAACCUGUCAAUCGCUCCGGUUCUGGCGUCAAGAGGAUCUGCCUGCAAAUCUCGUCUGCGUAUCUGCACUCGAAGCCGCCACCACCACACCUUAUCGCCAGUCACUUGGGGGACCCCGUUUGGAGACCCCACUCCUGAGUCAAAGAUUUGUUUACCCGACAACUCGACGACCUACAUUACACCGCUAGAGUCGCUCCUUAACCUACGAGACAACCACCAUGGAUUCCAUGCGAAGCCUCAACACCUCCCUACCCGGCGCCUCGGCCGCAAGGCAGACGACACAAAAUGACUCCCCGGAGCAACUCCUCGACGCCUUCAAGGCCGCGGCGCUCUCGGUAACGAAACUUUACAAGACAUCCGCGGCCGCCCAGUCCAAGGCCCGCAUGGACGGCUACCAGGAUUGCCUCGACGACCUGCUGGCGUUCCUCGACAAGGAGAAAAUUGGCCUGGGUGACGGCGAUGGCUGGAGGGUCCGGAGCUGGGCGACCGAACGUUUGGAUGGAAGGGAAAGCUCUCAAAAUGUUGAAAGCGACGACGAGGCGGACAAAGCGGAAGCUGCAUCGUCCCCGGAGCCCAACAGGACAGACAGCGGCACUCAACUGUCGGCGAUGCGGGGCGAAAGCCAAAUGAGGACGGACUCAGCACCCCUUAGCAGCUCUCAGGUCGUUGAAGAAGAGGAGGAGCCCGAACCUGUGUCGAUCAUGGUACCAACGGCGGACUCGUUCACCUUCCAAUCCUCACACCCUUGGCCGCCUCAGCAACCUCAACAAGACGCCUAUCUCAAUCUUGCGAACCUCGACCUAUCAGAUUCUCGGACACACGACACAACAUCGACAAACGCGAACUCUGGCGGCCGCACAACAAGACCACGACACCCGGCAAAUAUCCCUCGCUCAGCGUCAAGGCAAGGGAACAACCUCGGCCGCGGCGCUGGGUCGAAACGCAAGAUCAACUUUGCCGAAAUCUUCGACCUCAGCAGCUUGGACAAGAACAUGUUUGGCGGCGGACCGAAGCGCACUCGGCACACAUAGGUCGACUGGAAGGCGAUGACAACUGCGGCGGCAUUCUACGCACUUUCUUCACUUUCGACUGCGGUCUACUAGGGAACUUUCCAACGACCAACAUCUUGUCUCCUUUGUCUACCACAGUUUCUUCAGACAUGUCUUGACGGGAUUGAGCGAGCAUCGACGUACAUCUAUCUGGAGGAAGGGUAAGGAGGGAUGAAUUGGGAGGAGAGGGACUUUUGCGCAUCAGGAGGAGUGCGUCACGAGAGGCGUUGGUUUGGUUUUAUGAAGGUGCAUGGGCGGUGUUUAGGUUGGGACUGUUUAUUGCGAUGAUGCCAAAUAAAGGACGGCUAGCUAGUCCACGGCCAAUAGCUACACACACACACACAUAUCAUUAUUUUCCCUGUCGAACUUGUGACGGUGUAGACGGCUACUUCAAAGUCAAGCCGUUACCACCGCAGGGAUAAUUACAAACAACACAUUUGAAUAUGGCA